GGAGGCGCUGGUCUCCUCUUACUGCUUCCUGUUGCGUAAUGGUGUCUUUCUGAAAGGGCUAGCAUCGACAACACACACAACACGCAGCUGUACAAACUGCGAGCCUCGAAUCACCUUUUAAAACGCUUCUUGGAAAUACUCGAUCAGUUAUUUGGGAAAGACCUGCCCAGAGUACAAAUGCCUGUAGCUGUAGGACCGUAUGGACAGGCACAGCCAAACUGUUUCGACAGAGUCAAGAUGGGCUUCAUGAUGGGCUUCGCAGUCGGAAUGGCCGCUGGUGCCAUGUUUGGAACUUUCUCAUGCCUACGAAUUGGGAUGAGAGGUCGAGAGCUGAUGAGUGGAGUAGGAAAGACCAUGAUGCAAAGUGGGGGCACAUUUGGAACCUUCAUGGCCAUUGGCAUGGGCAUUCGCUGCUGACUGCGCUGUUCACUUUAUUUCACUCUAAAUUUCUUUCAUAUAUUCAUAAUGCCAUAAAACUGAGUUUGUGUUAAUAAAAUUGUAAUUUAAAACAAUUAAAAAAAGUUGUAAGACAUACAGAUGCAAGAUACAGAA